AUGUUCUUUCAAUUUCGUAUGAUUAUCAGGCAUAAUAGAGCUAUUAAAUUUAAAACUUGUAAAUUAAAACUGUGCAAUGUAUUGAUGAUCAAAAGCUUAUUACACACUACUGACCACAGCUUUACUUGGCCAGUAUUCAACGAACAACCACACAAAGUUUGAAUGCUAAAUUUAGUCAUAUAAUGUUACUGAUUACUAAAUAAGUAUUUACUAGUUAAGGUGUUUAUUUUAUAAACUUUUAGAUGGCUAAAACUAUGUUCAAUCAAGACAAAAUUAUGACUCAAUUGGAUUAUAUGAGCUCCCUAAAUAUUGAUGUUGAAACACAAUUUGUUCGUUUGUCUGGUAUAAUUUGUACCAUUGGUAAGUGUUUAUUUGUUUAUCUACUAUUUGUUUAUUUCGAUAAUAAUAUGUAAAUACUCAACAAGUAUUGAAACCUUCCUAUACCUUCAAUUAAUCAUAUAGGACCUGCUUCGAUUGAUGUGAAUACUCUAGAACAGAUGAUUGACUCCGGUAUGAAUGUGGGUCGUUUGAACUUUUCUCAUGGUUCACACGAGUAUCACGCCAAUACUAUAAAGAACUUAAGACAAGCAGCUCAAAAUUAUAGUGAAAAGAUUGGUGUUCAUAGCCCUUUGGCCAUUGCUUUAGACACCAAGGGACCUGAAAUAAGGACUGGGCUAUUGGAAGAAGUGAGUGUUUAAUAUUUUAAAUAGAAAUACUUUUUACAUCGUCUAUUUGACUAUAAAUAAUUUUUAACAAAUCAUAAUUAUUCAGGGAGUUUUGGCUGUAGUUGAAUUAAAGAAAGGCCAAUCAAUUUGUUUAACUACAGACAAGGCAUUUAAAAGCCGUGGAAAUGUGUCCAAUAUCUUUGUCGAUUAUCCCAACAUCACCAAAGUAUUGAAGCCUGGUAACCGAGUAUUCAUUGAUGAUGGUCUUAUUUCUUUGAUUGUAAAAGAAAUUGGUACGUUGAAAACAAUAUUUUUAAUCAUCGCUGUACUAUAUUAUUUUGUUUUUUAUAGGUCCCGAUUACAUUUUAUGUACUAUUGAGAGUGACGGUUCAUUAGGUAGCUCUAAAGGCGUUAACUUGCCUGGUAUACCUGUAGAUCUACCUGCUGUAUCUGAAAAAGACAAAUGCGAUUUGCAAUUUGGCGUUGAACAAUGUGUGGAUAUGAUUUUCGCAUCAUUCAUAAGAGAAGCUGGUGCAAUUAAAGAAAUAAGAGAUAUUUUAGGUUAAUAUUAUACAACGGUGUUAAUAAUGUGUAGAUAUACUAAAAUGUUAUACUAUUUAUUAAAGGUGAAGCAGGGAAAAAUAUUCUAAUUAUUUCAAAAAUAGAAAAUCAACAAGGAAUAAAAAAUUUGCAAGCAAUAAUUGAAGCUUCAGAUGGAAUCAUGGUGGCUCGUGGGGAUUUAGGUAUAGAAAUACCUCCGGAAAAAGUAUUUUUAGCCCAAAAAGCUAUGAUCGCUCGAUGCAACAAGGUUGUUUACUACUAUUAUUAUUAUUUGAUGGAAAUAUAAUACAACAAUUUAUAUAUAUAAAGUAAAUAAAUAUAUAAAUAAAAAAUGUACAUACAAAAAUAAAAUAAAUAAAUGAAUCAAUGCGUCGCCUGGAGUAUUAUGAUAAGUGUAUAAUACAACCGAUUUCGAAUUAGUAAUUCAUCUUCAGGUAUAUCACAGUCAAAAUGUAAAACGCGAAUGAAUAUAAAAAAUUAAAUGAAGGAAUACAUAAAAAAAAAAUUACACAAAUUGGUCGUUUUACAUAGAAUUUAUUAGUAAUUUAGUAAUUAAUAUAGUAAUUUAUUUUAAUAGGGGAGAUUAUUUAUAAUUAGUUAUUAUAAAACAUAAAUAUGCUAAGAAGUAUAUUAACAUAUAAAUAUAAAAUAUAAAUUAUUUGGUUAUUAUUUAUGAUUUAAAAUCUAUUGAUGUAAGAUAUUAUUUUUAAAAUCGGUUUGAAUAUUUAAAAUAUUAUUAAAAUUAUUUUUCUUUAUUUCAUUAUAUAUGUAUAAUUCUUCUAAAACUGAAUUAAUGUAUAUGUUAUUUCAGUUAUUUAAUAUUUCUGAGUCUGUAUUUAUAUCAAAACUUAUACUAUGGUUAUUUUCUAAAACAUGUUUAGCGAAAUUUGAAUUAGGGGUAGUCUUUUUAAUUUUAUUUCCGAAAUGUAUUCUUUAUAUCCUAAAAAUUAUCUCCUAAUAAAAUAAAUUAUUUCUAUAUUCUAUGUAAAACGAACAAUUUUUAAAUUUUCUUUUCUAUGUAUUCCUUCAUUUAAUUGAUUAUAUUCAGUCGCGUUUUAUAUUUUGACUGUAUCAUACAUAAUGAUAAAUUUUUAUUUCAAAACAGAUAGUAUAAUACACUUAUCAUAAUACUCCAUACGACGAUUCAUUUAUUUAUUUUAUUUUUAAAUAUUUAUUUACUUUAUUUAUUUACGAGUAUUAACCAUUAGAAUAAUUUUGUUUUUACUUUAUUAUUUUAUUACAAUCUAUAUACAAAAUAUAUUGGCAUGUUUUGUUUUUUUUUCCAGGCCGGCAAACCUGCUAUUUGUGCCACUCAAAUGCUCGAGUCCAUGAUUAAGAAACCUCGUGCUACCAGAGCAGAAUCGUCUGAUGUCGCUAACGCUAUCUUAGAUGGAGCCGACUGUGUUAUGCUAUCUGGAGAAACAGCCAAAGGUGAAUACCCAUUAGAAUGCGUCCGUACUAUGUCUACCAUCUGCAAAGAAGCCGAGACAGCUGUUUGGCAAAAACAGUUGUUUUCUGACCUGACGUCUACUGUAAGUAUAUCUCCUGAAAAAUAUGACCAAAAUUGUAUGAAUUGUUUUAUAUUAAUUUAAUGAAAAUUUCUUUUGAACUGUUGUGUUUUUGUUUAGUUAACUUUACCUUUAGAUGCCUCACACACAACUGCUAUUGCCGCUGUAGAUGCGGCUAAUAAAUGCAAAGCGACAGCCAUUAUUGUGCUUACAAUAUCUGGCCAUUCUGCACAUCUCAUAUCCAAAUAUCGUCCACGUUGUCCUAUCAUAGCUGUUACAAAAAACUCUCAAAUUGCACGACAAUGCCACAUUUAUCGUGGAAUCUUACCUCUAUAUUAUGACGGUAAGAAAAUAGAUCAAAUAAAGUAAACAUCAAUUGUUCUAUCCUUAAGAGGCCCAAUACUUAUUUUUCAAAUUAUCUCCAAUUUGAAAAAUUUAAAUAUGAUUUUAAACAUUUAAAUUACUACGUAAAGUGUAAAUAUAAGAUUUCCCGACUAAUCUACUAUCCGAUAACCAUUUAGGGAGAAAGAGUGGAUCCAUUUUUAGUUACGGAAAUUACUUCACGGAAAUAGUGAUAAAUAAUUGUCAAUUAAAUAUUAUCAUUUUAACAUAUUAACAUUUUUAGUUUCUAAGUCGAGCGAGGAAAGUAUUGGUUUUACAAUGUUUUACCUGUGAAGAACUUUUUACCAGAAAUGCUGCUCCGAUUUACAAGUUUAAAAUUUUUCCUGAUAGGAAAUUUAACUGGAGUAGUAUUUUGAGGAGGUCAUUUUUUUGGUUUUCACAGGAGUUUUCCCAAUAAAUGGGAAAAAUCAGGAGAAAACAUGGGAAAACCGAAACAAACGUAGAAAAAACGGGAAAAUAGGUACAAUAUUAAAAAAAUAUUAUUAACUCAAAUAAAUUAUGCAUGUAAAAUUAUUUUCCCACUAUAUCAUACAAUACGUAUAUUGUUGACAAAGCAAAAAUAUCAACUCAGAAUCGUUUUUUCGUUAGCAAUGGUUUAUCGUAGCUCACAGGUAUACAUUAAAUUACCUAUAACAGUGACUACACUUGUCUCCAUUAUCCUAGGACAACGUUUUUUUUAUUGAUAAUUGAUAUACAACAAUAUUCUAAAGGCCACACUGAACUCCGAUUUUUAAUUCCAAUUUCGAAUAAUCGAAAAAAAAUCUUAGAAUUCACUUUUUUGAAAACUAAUUAUAAAUAUUGAGAAUAAAUUAUUGAAUAACAGAGUUCAAUUCGGUAAUACUUCGGUAAUUGGGUAGAAUGCUUCCCUAUACUAAUUAAAAAUAAUAAUAAUUAUAUUUGGUUGAUUCUACUGAACAGUAUCAUUAUUUCCGUAGUGUAUUUUUGUGGGGAAAAUGGCAUUAACACGGGGCGCCUUAAUAUUAAUGUUUUAUAAUUCCGUUUUAUUUGUCAAUAUUAUUACAGAAAAAACAUUAGGUGAUUGGUGGAAGGAUAUGGACAGACGUGUGGUAUACGCCAUUAUGUUUGGCAAAGCCCGUGGAUUUAUUCAAUCCGGAGAUCCCGUAGUUAUCGUCACUGGAUGGAAAAAAGGUUCUGGAUAUACAAACACAUUCCGUAUUGUCUAUGUGCCUAAUGAAGAUAAUUGUUCUACGGCGAUUGAAAAUGUUUAAAUAUUAAAUGGUACUUGGUUUUAAAAGA